CGUGCCGCUGCAGCAUGGCUGUGAUCUACCCGUCUACCUGAACGGUCGUCGCGUGAUGGCGUUCCAAGGUUCCAUCGAUCUCUCCCAUCGGCGCGGGGCUGUCAUCGUCGCAUGCGUCCUCGACGCCGCAUCUCUGCGAACCACCUGCACCGAAAGUGGACAGACAUACCGGAUUUACAGAUCAAAGCAGUACGCUGCUGAAGGUCGAUCCGGCCAUUCAAGGAGAUUCUCGUCCAGGUCCGUAUAUUAGAUCGUCGAUUUCAAGCACGCACGACAGUGGGUCAUCAUAGCAUCGCACAAGUGUGCUAAGAUGCUCAAUGCCUGGGUCAUCCUUUGGCGACAGCGGACAAUCUUUCUCUGUGACGCACAAAGACCGCUGUCACCCCCUCGCCUCAACAUGUCACGCCGCACUCACAGAUUGCGUUUGGUCAACGUUGUGCAGCAGACUAUUGUUGCUGCUACUGCUGGGACUGCAGGUAUCCGCAAGAGUGCAUAUGUGCUUGCGAGCGGGAGAGCCUUCCGGGACCGUAGCGCCGAGGCAAGAACGGGUAGGGCUUAAUAGCAAAUGCGCAUCAAUGCCAGCUCAUCACUUCAAUCCUCCGAACAUGCGGCUCGCUACAGAAAAUCGCAAACGACAGCUCUCCAUUAGAGAAUAUCUCGAAUUGAUGUCCAAGCUGGCUAUUUGUACUUGUGAUCAUUUCGCAGUGAUGUUUCACUGGCGUCAGUCAUCUUGUCUUCCAGCCUUCGGUUCUCGCUAGCGCCCGUUGUGAUACAUUCGAUGCCGCACUGUGUGCGCAAUCCGAUCGACACUCACGGCCC